CGGCCAGAGAGUGCGCUACAAUGGCAGCAAUUGGGUCGCUUGUCUUCUGCACCGACUGUGGGAACCUUCUGGACGGCAGCGCUGGCAAGGAAAAUGCCAUCUUGACGUGCCAAAUUUGCGGAGCUUCAUGCAGAGAUACGUCCUCCAAAACCGUCGUCACUCGCUCCAAGCCUGGUGCCUUCCCCUCUUCGCUGCGCGCAAAGCGAUCCGAAGUGCAAACCAUCAUAGAGGCCAACAUGCAGACCCAUGCAAUCAUCAGCGAAACCUGCGAGAAGUGUGGCAGGGAGGAGGUGCGAUUCUACACCCAGCAGCUGCGCAGUGCCGACGAAGGCACGACCGUCUUCUACAAGUGUGAAUGCGGGCACAAGUGGAGCACCAACAACUAA